AACCCAACUUCGUUGGCUCUUAUGACAUUGGCGAUUAUGUGUAUUUCUUUUUCCGUGAAACCGCUGUCGAGUAUAUCAAUUGUGGCAAGGCUGUUUAUUCGCGUAUCGCUCGUGUCUGCAAGAAGGAUGUCGGUGGCAAGAAUAUUUUGGCACACAAUUGGGCUACCUACUUGAAGGCUCGCCUGAAUUGCAGUAUUUCUGGUGAAUUCCCCUUCUAUUUCAAUGAGAUACAAUCGGUGUAUCAGUUGCCAAACGAUAAGACACGUUUCUAUGCAACAUUUACGACAAGUACAAAUGGUCUAAUCGGUUCGGCCGUAUGCAGUUUUCACAUCAACGAAGUACAGGCAGCAUUCAAUGGUAAAUUCAAAGAGCAAUCUACUUCAAAUUCUGCCUGGCUGCCUGUAUUGAAUGCACGUGUUCCUGAACCUCGUCCCGGUACGUGUGUCAAUGAUACCUCAAAUUUACCCGACACCGUUUUGAAUUUUAUACGCUCACACCCUUUGAUGGAUAAGGCAGUGAAUCAUGAACACAGUAAUCCCGUCUAUUAUAAACGUGAUUUGGUAUUCACGAAGUUGGUGGUGGAUAA